AUGGCUUCAAGUGACAGCAACAAUGAGGAUGUCCCCAAUAAUCUCCAGCCUGGGGACCUGAUUGAAAUAUUUCGACCAGCAUAUCAGCAUUGGGCACUAUACCUUGGCGAUGGUUAUGUCAUCAAUGUGGCACCAUUGGAGACCACCGCUGCUUCAUUCUCAAGUGCAAAGUCUGUCUUCAGUAGAAAAGCCCUUGUGAAAAUGCAGCUUCUGAAGGACGUUGUGGGAAAUGACACUUACAAAGUGAACAACAAAUAUGAUGACAAAUAUAGCCCACUUCCAGCCGAAGAAAUAAUCCAGCGUGCUGAAAUUCUUAUUGGCCAAGAAAUAUGUUAUGAUCUAUUGGGGAAUAAUUGUGAGCAUUUUGUGACACUUCUUCGCUAUGGAGAAGCCGUGUCCGACCAGGUAAUGUACUAUUAUCUUAUCACAGACAUACAGUAA